UAAUGGCUAGCCCUACCUUUCCUCUUCUACGUCUUCCCCAUAAAAACCUGAAGAAUGUUCUACUCAACAUGGGAGUUAUGGAGCUAGUUUGUACCUCACUACUUUCCAAGAGAUCUAAGCAUUUCAUCCAAGACAUUUGCAUCUUCAAAGCCCCUCGUUUCUAUAUUAAAUUGGCUGAAUCAAUUAAUUUAAGAAUUGGUUGCCCUGGUAACUAUUUAGUGUACUCACUCAACAAUGGAAUAAUGUGUAUAGAAAGCUUUAAAUUAACACCAAAAACAAUAUUUUUUUCUGUGCCACAAUUUGAUGCUGGAAGCUGGUUGGAUCAUUUUCUGCACAUAUUCAAACCAUCGCAAAUCGAUACUCUAUCUAUUUAUAAUAGUUUCGAUGUGGAGAGAUUGCAGUUAGUAAAAGAUUCUUUGAAUAAGAUUCCUAUUUUUGAUCUUACCAUCACCACCACUACCGCAACAAAUCCCAAACUCCUCUCCGCAUUUCUACCAAUAAAAACCUUCGGUUUUAAUCACACUGUCCAAUAUAACUCCUCUCAACUCUCUGCACUACGGCCAGCUUUGCCAAAAAAAUUAGAAUCUAUCUAUGCAGAUAUCAGCAUUCCAUUAAACGAGCUACUGCUCACAUGCUCCAGAACCCUUCAAAUUGUCGAAUCACUGCUAACAGAUAAGGAAAUCAAUGUGUUCCUAAAACAUUGGAUGACCGGAUUGAAACCAGAACUUUUCUAUUUGUAUAUUGAAAAGAAUGGAGCUGCUUACAAUCCAAAAACUAUUCUGGAAGGGAUUUAUCAUGAGUCUUCAUCGUGUGGCAUGGAAUUCAAAGUUUUUCAAGGACCUCCUCAACACGGAGGAAUUGCUUUUCAACUAGCCCACGGAGCCACAGCAAAGUUGAUCUUUCACAAUAAUUUUGACGCUUUUCAUUUUUUUGAGAACUAAUAAAAUGUUUAAUUAAA